CAGCAGCUUGACGCGGCCGCCAUGGCAGCGAGAGAGAGAGAGAGAGAGAGAGAGAGAGAGAGAGAGAGAGAGAGAGAGAGAGAGAGAGAGAGAGAGAGAGAGAGAGAGAGAGAGAGAGAGAGAGAGAGAGAGAGAGAGAGAAACAAGCACGCGGCGAAAGCGUGAGGAGCAGGCCCACAAGGAACGAAAUGCUCUGAUACCAUGUUAGAAGACUAAUUUAGCUAGGAAG